AUGACUAGAUGCCCAUCGAGAAGUAUACAAAUACAAACGUCAACAUCGUCCACGGAGGAGAUGCAUCUGCUCGGUUUUAAUAUGAGGAAAGAACAAUGUUUUAUUUUCGUGACCCUCAUGAUCGGAAUGAUAACGUCUCUGCCCUGUAACGAUUCAACUGUACUAGUAGGCAAAAUAAAGUUAACCGCUUCUAAUUUAGAGUUUGCAUCAACAAAACCCAAGGAUAAAAUUACUAUAAAAGAAAAUAGUAACGUUACAUCAUCUAAAUUGACAGCACAAGUCACAUGUGGCAAAAGAAUGGCCCCCAAUUUUCGAAUAUUUGGAGGAAGUGAAUCCCAAUUAGGUGCUUGGCCAUGGAUGGUAGCCCUAGGAUACAAAAAUUCACAAAAAAAAAAUGAUUCUAUUGAGUGGCGUUGUGGUGGUACAUUAAUUUCUAAUAAACACGUUUUAACUGCCUCCACAUGCGUGGCCAACACCGGGCCAAACAUAUUGACCGUGGCACGCUUAGGUGAGUUGGAUUUAGAUCCCAUGGUCGAUGACGGGGCAUUACCAUUAGAUGUUCCGAUCAAACGUAUUAUAAACCAUGAGGGGUACGAUUCGAAAAAAAUCAUCAAUAACCUUGCAAUAUUGGUAUUGAAAAAUAGUGUUACUUUUAAUGAAUUGAUCCAACCGAUUUGCUUACCAACAAUACUGGAUAUGAACAAUGUCGAAAAAUCAAAAAAUAUACCAUUUGUUGUCGGCUGGGGAAGUAUCAAUGCUGUACCUCAAAAAAAUGAGAAAAAUUCAACGUCCUUGAUGGAAGUUCAAAUUCCUAUAUCGAAUAUAACAGAAUGUAAACAGACAUAUUCAAAUUAUAAAAGCGUGAUCGAUGACAGGGUGUUAUGUGCUGGAUAUCCAGAAGGAGGAAAAGACUCUUGUCGGGGUGAUUCCGGAGGUCCUUUAAUGUGGUCGAAGAGAAAUCAAUUUUAUUUAAUUGGCAUUGUUUCUUAUGGUUUUAAUGAAUGUGGUGAUCCAGGUCAUCCGGGCGUGUACACCAAAGUAACUUCCUAUAUGGAUUGGAUUUUAGAUAGAAUAAACAACUAA